AUGUUCAAAUUGGUGCUGUUGUCUGCUGCUUUUGUCAUGGCCGCUGCUGCCCCGCAUGCGUCCGUUAUCCGUCAACCUGCACUUGUGGCUCACAAGGAAAUCUCUUACCGGAAGAGCAUCAUUGAAGAACCAACCGUUGCUCAUGUGGGAACCGUCGUAAAGCAUGUCCCAACUGGAGUCACCCAUCACAGCUCAUCGGUUGUUCAUGACAAAAAGUUCUCUGAUCCAAUUUACGCUCAUGGCUCGAAGAAAACUAUUGUUGCGACUCCAGUAGAGAAGACCACAUACCAUCACACUGUGGCUGCUGCUCCAGUUCUGACUUACGCUGCUGCUCCAAUUGCCAAGGCUGCUUAUGUUGAAGCCGCUCCAGCUUGGACUUAUACUGCCCCAGCUAUCAAGACUGCCUAUGUUGGAGCCUCUUCAGCAUUAUCCUACUCUGCUGUUCACCAUGGCACCCAUCCCGUGGUCUAUGGAGAGCACUACUAA